UCAGAUGACAUUAUUGCGAGGCAGGAGGGUGGACCUGAUGAAGUAAGAGUUAGGUUAAGGUUAAGGAUAGAAUGCAGAAAGCAAAGUAAAGGGAAAGAGGAAAACUAAAGAAAUCCGUGUAAAGAAAAGAGUGGGUUGGACUUAAUUUCCAGCACAACACGCAUUCAUCCGAUUCGGAGCUCUGUCUCAUCAUCAUCUCAUUGUUUCUGAUUCUGAAAUUCAACCACUCUCAUGGGUAUCUCAUGGAGUGGCAGAAGAAGAAACAAUUACAUCCAAAAUCCACCGCCUCCAUUUCCACCUCCCCCUUACUAUUACCAUCCCCAAUCCAACCACCCUCCCCCUCCGCAGCCACCGCAGGGCUACUUCCUCCCUUCCACAACCACUUAUGCCCCGCACUGCAACAACUAUGCCGCUCCUCCUCCCUUCACUCCACUGCCACAGCCGCCGCCGCCCUAUUGCCCCAACCAGAGUGCCUAUCCCAACUACGCCAAUUCCGUCCCCAGUCACCUUCACUACCAACUUUUCUACCACCCUCAGCCUAGCGCGUGGCCAGGCGCAACUCGCUCCUCUGCCUCCACUCCUCCGCCCUAUGUCGAUCACCAGGCUGCGAAGAAGAUAAGAAAUUAUGUGAACGUCCACAAAGACACCCUGCGCCUCGAGGUUGACCAGGAAAACCCCGACCAUCAUCUCAUUUCCUUCGUAUUCGACGCUGUCUACGAUGGCAGCAUUACUAUCUUCUACUUUGCCAAAGAAGAAGAAAAAUGUAGGUUUGUUCCAUUGUUUCCUGAUGCAUUUCAGCCAGUCAGCAUACCCUUUCAGAAAGGAGUUGGUCAGACAUUUUCCCAGCCUUCGGGAACAGGAAUUGACCUAGGCUUCUUUGAGUUAGAUGAUCUUUCAAAGCCCUCACCUGGAGAAGAUGUCUUUCCUCUUGUAAUAUGUGCUGAAACAAGUUUGAAAACACCCUCAGAAGAUCAAACUCCGGGUGAUUCCGUGCUAGAUGCAUCACCUCACAUGCAAAUAACUCAGGGUGUCUUAGAGAAAAGUAAUGGCGCGGGUCCUUUCCUGAUAAAUGUAGUAAGGCAGAUUUUGUGGAUUGAUGGUGUUCGAUAUGAGUUGAGAGAAUUAUAUGGAAUAGCAAGCUCGUCCGCAGCCGAUUUUGAGGACAAUGAUCCUGGGAAGGAGUGUGUCAUAUGCCUGACUGAACCAAAGGAUACAGCUGUCUUACCUUGUCGACAUAUGUGUAUGUGCAGUGAUUGUGCAAAAGCUCUGCGAAUUCAAUCCAAUAAAUGCCCUAUUUGCCGUCAGUCUAUUGAGGAACUCAUUGAGAUCAAAUUAAAUAAUACCCAUCAAUGAGAUUUUUUAUACUGAUGCCAAUACAGGUAUUAUAACAUUUUUUGUUUCUUUUUGUAAAUAUUAAUCACUAACAUGUUUAUAGGUUGUGUGAUGGGAAAAAUUAGAUCUUCAUUGAUUAAAUGUUUUCUCCCGUGUCACCUAUAUUGUACAGGUCAGGUGAUCAUUUUUCGAUAGUUUAUCUUAAUGGUGUUUAAGACAUCAUUUGCCUUGUGUUAUACUUGAACAGGGUAUAAAUAAAAUAACAUCUUGUUUGGUCCA